AUGGAUCGUCUCAACCGGAUGUUGCAGGCCGCUCAGGGCAUGGGUAUGGGCGCAGGCUCUGGUCCUGGUGGUGACACUGCCAACCUGAUUGAUAACUCCGAAACCGUCCAUAUCUCCUCCCUGGCUCUGUUGAAGAUGUUGCGACAUGGCCGCGCCGGUGUGCCGAUGGAGGUUAUGGGUCUGAUGUUAGGUGAAUUCGUCGAUGAGUACACAGUUCGCGUGACGGAUGUUUUUGCCAUGCCUCAGAGUGGCACCGGUGUCAGUGUCGAGGCUGUCGACCCUGUGUUUCAGACCAAGAUGAUGGAGAUGCUUCGGCAAACGGGACGGCCAGAGACUGUUGUCGGCUGGUACCACUCUCAUCCUGGUUUCGGCUGCUGGCUGUCUUCCGUCGAUAUCAACACCCAGCAAUCUUUCGAGCAGCUGACCCCCCGUGCCGUCGCCGUCGUUGUUGACCCGAUUCAGUCAGUGAAGGGCAAGGUCGUCAUUGAUGCUUUCCGUCUCAUUCAGCCCCAGACUGUGGUCAUGGGCCAGGAGCCCCGUCAAACAACAUCCAACUUGGGCCACUUGAACAAGCCCUCCAUCCAGGCUCUGAUUCACGGUCUCAACCGCCACUACUACAGCAUUGGAAUUGCGUACCGGAAGACGGGACUUGAGGAGAACAUGCUCAUGAAUUUGCACAAGCAUGUGUGGACUGAGGCUCUGCAGAUGAACGACUUCCAUGAGGAGGGCCAGCACAACGUGGACCAGAUGAAGCAGCUUGUCACUCUUGCCGAGGGCUACGAGAAACGAGUGAAGGAGGAGACUGAGCUGAGCAAGGAGCAGCUGAAGACACGAUAUGUGGGCAAGGUGGAUCCUAAGAAGCACAUCGAGGACGUCAGCCAGCAAUUGAUCGAGGACAACAUUGUUGCCGUUUCGAGGCAGAUGAUUGACAAAGAAGCUUCGGUAGCCCGGCAGUCGAGUUCCAAGGAGGGAGCCAAUGGUGCCUCCAUGGAUGUCGAUGAGGAGCUUUAG